AUGGCCGCAGCAGCAUCGCCUGAAGAGAAGGUUCAGCAGCUUGCCGAAGAGCCGGCCAGGGCAGAGAGCUCUGCUGCCAAGGAAGAUUCUGCCUCCACGACUGGCCUCGUUUCGGUGUCUACUCCGACAGCGCACGAUCAGACGAAGGCGGACAACGAAGCGAAAGACGCUCCUCCAGUAUCCGAGCAGAAGGUAAAAGCAGCGACGGCAUCGACGGCCGUCGCAAGAGCGAGGACAGACAAGAAGGCUCCAGAAGUUGCUGAGCCUGGGCAGAAAGACACGAAGGAAGAAGUCCCUGGAAAAGACACUAAGGCUUCAGAACGCAAGGGCAAGGGCCAGGCCAAGCACAGGCUCUUCGACCUGGGCCUCGGCACUGCCUUGGGUCUGGACGCAAGUGAUGCCAGCGCCGAUCCUUCCGAGGCCGGUCCUGGCAGGAAGCGGUCAUCAGGACGCCUCAAAAAGCUGGGCCUGGCGGCUUUGGUCGAGCCGGGUCCUGAAGAAGGCACACUGCCCAGUGCGACGCAGGAGGAGCCGGGCAAAGAUGCCGACAAGCACAAAGAGAGCCGGGAGGAACUUCCUGCAACUGCAAGCGGAGCCGAAGCUCAGGAGAAGCAGAGGCCGAAGCGGCUGCAGUCGCUGGGCCUGGCCUCCGCGCUCUCCCUGGAGGGCGACGGUCUACUGCCAGACCGAGUUCAUCCAGGUUCGGAGAAAGACACAGAGGGCAAGGAGGUGCCGAUUCCCAAAGCCAACGACACUGCGAAAUUGGAUACCAAAAAAGCUGCAAUGGCAAAGGUGGUUGUUUGGAAGAACAAGGCCGAUGAGGCCCGAGCUGCAGGGCAAGCCGCAGCAGCUGCAGCGCUUGAAGCUGGUAAGGACGCCAUGCAGGCAUCCAGCACUGGCACGGCGGAGCUUCUUCGAGUAGGAAGGGAGCGAGGCAAGGACUUGCCUCCACAAGGCACCUAUGCCCAGAUACUGACAGAGCAUUGGGGGGAACUGGCCUGCGCCAAAGCUGGCAAGACAUUCCUGGGGAAGCUGAGGCUGGUCAACCUCGCUGCUGAGCUGGCUUUGCUGAACGCCGAGAAGCCUGUGGCAGACAUCGCGGACCAAGCCGGCAAGGCAGCCGCGAAGGCAGCAGAAUCUACAGGCUCUUUCGCUACCAUUCGCAUCAGCACGCUGAUUCUUCAAGUCUUCCGUCAUUCACAGCGUCAUGGUGCACCACCCGCUGUGCAAGCGACAAAGGGCGCCAUUGCUGCGGCAGGGAGCGUCAUGGCAUGGACGCGCAACCCGGAUGGUCUGACAGAGGAGAUUCUCAACACGGUGGCACAGGGGGGCAACCGGGGCUCCAACAGUCCGGUGCUAGCAGAGACACUUGUUGGAUGCCUGUGA